UGUGUGAACUAUUCAACUGCAUCUAUUUGACUUUACAUACAUCGUCGCACUUGUUACCUUGUAUCAGUUGUAUUUCAAAAAAUUUUGAUGAGUGCAACUUGGUUCAAGUGGCAGUUGUUUAUGCCAACAAGACUGUUAAUGUCAAGGUUUGCUUGCGUUUCAUUAUCCAUACCAAAUCCUUGAUGCUCAAUGGAUAAGGAGAAUCAUCCAAGUUUGCGUCUGCACGAGCGCACCGUCGAUGAGUUUAUCGAUGCUAGAAGUGGCAACGACGAGCCCGCCUCGUCCAGCUCCUAUCUAGACGAUGAAGGGGUGCGGGUGCGCCAUAUUAAGCUGGGAUCCAGCCAGUGUGUGGGCUUCGAGAGCCUCCCACAGCAGUUCGUCAAUAAAGCCACUCGCGCAGGCUGUUUUAACAUUCUGCUGGUGGGAGAGACAGGCAUCGGGAAAUCUACCUUAAUCAAUUCCCUCUUCAACUACGACUUUAAGUUACCAGCCGGGAAUUAUGAGCUGGACCACGUCGCUUUGGAUAAGCAUACAUUCCACCUGGAAGAGGGCACCGUGCGCCUGCAACUGACGAUUAUCGAGACGAAAGGCUACGGCGACCAGCUGGAUGUCACCGACAGUUGGCAGGGUAUCAUUGAGUAUAUCGAUCAGCAGUAUGAAGCGUAUUUCCAGGAGGAGAGCCAGGUGCAGCGCCGUCUGAAUGACUACAAGGACACGCGUGUGCACGUCUGUUUGUUUCUGUUGGCGCCCACGGGUUCCACAGUGCGAGCUUUGGACAUUGAGUGCAUGAAACGGCUCGGCAAUAAAGUCAAUAUCAUCCCCGUGAUUGCGCGUGGGGAUUCACUGACGAAGAAGGAGAUGGCGGCGUUCAAGCAGCGCAUCAACGAGGAACUGCUGCGCCAUAACAUCAAGGUGUACAAAUUCCCGGAGGAUGAUAAUGUAGUGGCCGAGCAGAAUAAGCGGAUGAACACCGAUGUACCGUUCUGUGUGGUGGGCAGCUCGGAAGUGUGCGAAGUAGCGGGGCAUAAGACGCGGGCCCGUGUCUAUCCGUGGGGUAUUGUGGACAUUGAGAACGAGAUGCACUGCGAUUUUACGCGCUUCCGUGAGGCUCUGCUGCGCGUCAACAUGGACCAUCUGAUGCAGACGACGCACAUGCUGCAUUAUGAAACAUACCGCGAUCGACGGAUGACGGAAUUGGGAUACGGGGAUUCGCGCAACAACAGCUUCAUGGACACCAUUAAUCAGCUGCGAACGAGCAAUGAGCAGCGCUUCCGUCAGAAGGAGGAGGAGACCCGCAGCCAGUUUGUCCUGAAGGUACGCGAGAAGGAGUCCCAGCUGAAGGAGCACGAGCGGGAGCUGCAUUCGCGUUUCGAGAAUCGCCGGACGGAAUUCACCGACCAGAUGACGGAUAUUGAGACUCAGCGUACAGCUAUGCAGAGGGAAAUUGAGAUCUUCAAUCGCGUUAAAAGUGAACUCAUCAACAAUCCGGCCGGAACAAUUAAGGGCAAAAAGAAGUAGUGAACUGUUGUUUCAAGAGGUAUAAAAUGGUUGUCUUAUAACGGCAAUAAUCAGUGUCAUAUUGUGCAACACUUUAGUUUCUCUUAGUUCCUGACUUCCCUUUUUUUAUGAUUCCAGCGUCUAUUUUUAUAAAAGGCUUCGUUUCGUUUGCUUUGCUGUUUUUACUGAAUCUGUUACAUUUUGUUGAUGUACUUAAUUUUUAUACCGAAUCUCAGAAUGAAUCUGGCUUUUUA